AUGAAAAGCAUCAGUUGGAAUGUUUGUGGAUUGGGGAGUCCACGAACAGUUAGAAGGCUGCGACACUUUUUAAAGCAGCAUAAUCCCCAGAUGGUCUUCUUAAUGGAGACAAAAGUUAACAAGCAGUGCAUGGAAAAAGUCAGAAGAAGCUGCGGGUUUCUGAAUGGAAUUGAUGUUGCUGCAAAAGGCUUCCGAGGAGGUUUAUGUUUAGCAUGGAAGGGAGAAAUUUUAGUCACUUUAAGGAGCUUCUCCAGGAGUCAUACUGAUGUUAUGGUGAAGGAAGAAAAUGACAAAGAAGAGUGGAGAUUCACAGGAUUCUAUGGCUCCCUUUAUGUCAAAGAUAAGGAGGAGUCUUGGAACUUAUUACGGAAACUAGGACGUGAUCAGAGACACCCAUGGCUUGUAAGUGGGGAUUUCAACGAAAUUAUGUACUCCUUUGAGAAGAAGGGAGGGCUUGCAAGAGAAGAAAGAAGGAUGGAGGCUUUCAAGAAGACCCUUGAGGAAUGUCAGUUAGAAGACCUAGGGUAUACAGGGGCUUGGUUUACAUGGGAAAGAGGGAAUCUGCCUAAAACAAAUAUUAGAGAAAGAUUGGAUAGGGGAGUUGCUAAUGAUAAAUGGCGGAAUCUUUUCCCAAGUGGUAAUAUCCAACAUUUAAUUCAUACGAUGUCCGAUUAUUGUCCACUUUUACUCAAUUCAAAAACUGGAAAUACUUAUGUGGGGAGGCCAAGGUUUAAAUUUGAGGCAUGGUGGAUCAUGGAAGAUUCUUUAGAAGGAAUAAUUAAAACAUCUUGGGAAACAUCCGCCAGUACUUUAAUGGAGAAAUUGGAAAAGCUGCAAUCGAAUUUAAAAGAAUGGUAUGCCACGCCCCGACGAAAGAGAAACAAUAUUUCAAGGCUUGAAUUGGAUGGAGGAGGAGAAGUGACUGAGGAAGAUAAGAUCAGUAAAGCAGCCAAGACAUUUUUUCAGAAGCUUUUUUCAUCAAAAGGAGUAGGAGAACUAUCUCAUCUCUUAACUGGUAUUGAUGGUAACAUUACGCCAGAAAUGAACGCAGAUUUAAUGAGAAAAUUUACGAAAGAAGAGGUGCUUUUAGCCUUGAAAGGUAUGGGACUUACGAAAGCACUAAGACCUGAUGGAUUUCCAGCACUUUUCUUUCAGCAAUACUGGCAUAUAGUGGGGAAAGAAGUUACUAGUUUCUGCCUUGGAUGCUUAAAUAGCGGUAAAACUCUUGGCCGUUUCAAUGCAACUGAUAUUGUAUUGAUUCCAAAAAUUCAGAAUCCCAAGAAUUUAGCCAAUUUCAGACCAAUCAGCUUAUGCACAGUUAUUUAUAAACUCGUUGCAAAGACUAUUGCCAAUAGACUUCAGGGGGUUAUCGGGCAGUGUAUUGAUGUGGCGCAGAGUACUUUUGUCCCAGGUAGGCUAAUUUCUGAUAAUAUAUUAAUAGCUUACGAGCUCCUUCAUACUUUCACGCGAAAACGUACAGGUAAGAAAGGUUUAAUGGCAGUUAAGCUUGAUAUGAGCAAAGCCUAUGAUAGGGUUGAGUGA